CCCCGCCAGGACGCUUCGCGGAGACCAUGGUCGCCUCUGUGACAUCAGCAACCAGGCCCAGUACAGGCGAGAGGGCUGAGUCCGGCCGCGGGCCCAGCCGGCAGCACGCAGGAUCUGUGGGGUCCCGGCGGAGCGCAGCGGCUGAGGGAGGGCGGAGGGCCUUGGCGGCUGCGGCGGUGACUGUGGCGACCGUGAAGAGGCGGCCCCAGGUCAGGAUGCGGCGGAGCCCCCGCCCGGGCUCGACAGCGUCCCCGCACAAGCACACGCCCAACUUCUACAGCGACAACAGCAACAGCUCUGUGAGCGUCACCUCAGGGGACACCAGCGGGCACCGGUCAGCUGGGCCGGGGCCCGGGGAGCCCGAGGGCAGAAGAGCCCGGGGCUCCAGCUGCGGCGAACCUGCCUUGAGCGCAGGAGUGCCGGGAGGAGCCACAUGGUCAGGAAGCUCUCCCCCUGCGGCCGGGUCCUGGGGGGAAAGUCGGUGCACAAGGCCCCAAUGGAGCCCUUGGGCUCCCGCAGAACCGGCUGAGUCUCCUGUAAUCUCUGAGGAGCAGCUAGACCUUCUCCCAAGCCUGGAUCUGAGGCAGGAGAUGCCUCCUCCGCGAGUGUCCAAGAGUUUCCUGAGCCUGCUCAUCCAGGUGCUGAGCGUGUUGUUAUCCUUGGUAGGAGACGCGCUGGUCAGUGUGUACAGGGAGGUCUGUUCCAUCCGCUUCCUGCUCACUGCUGCAUCACUGCUGAGCCUCUUUCUGGCAGCACUCUGGUGGGGGCUUCUGUACCUGGCCCCUCCUUUGGAGAAUGAACCUAAGGAGAUGCUGACUCUAAGUGAGUACCACGAGCGUGUGCGCUCUCAGGGGCAGCAGCUGCAGCAGCUCCAGGCUGAGCUGGACAAACUCCACAAGGAGGUAUCCAGUGUUCGUGCAGCCAACAGCGAGAGAGUGGCUAAGCUGGUGUUCCAGAGGCUGAAUGAGGACUUUGUGCGGAAACCCGAUUAUGCUCUGAGCUCUGUGGGAGCCUCAAUCGACCUAGAGAAAACAUCCCAUGACUACGAGGACACAAACACUGCCUACUUCUGGAACCGCUUUAACUUCUGGAACUAUGCAAGACCACCCACGGUUAUCCUGGAGCCAGAUGUGUUCCCUGGGAAUUGCUGGGCUUUUGAGGGCCACCAGGGCCAAGUAGUGAUCCGGCUGCCAGGUCGUGUGCAGCUGAGUGACAUCACCCUGCAGCAUCCGCCACCCAGCGUGGCGCAUACCGAGGGAGCCAACAGCGCUCCUCGGGACUUCAAAGUCUUUGGCCUCCAGGUUGAUGACGAGACUGAAGUUUUCUUAGGGAAAUUCACCUUUGAUGUGGAGAAAUCUGAGAUUCAGACUUUCCACCUGCAGAAUGACCCCCCAGCUGCUUUUCCCAAGGUGAAGAUCCAGAUUCUAAGCAACUGGGGCCACCCCCGUUUCACGUGCUUGUAUCGAGUCCGUGCCCAUGGUGUUCGAACUUCAGAGGUGGCAGAAGACAGUGCCACAAGGGCCACUGGGGGGUCCCAUUAAACAUGCUGAUGG